AUAAUGAGGGGUUUCGCUAACUCACAGAGAUGGAGAAAUGAGGUGUGUGUGAGCAGAAGAUCCAGCCAUCUUCCACCGGAGCUGCUCGUGGAAAAGCAUUCAAAGCCUUUGUCUGUUAAUUAUGAUCUGAUGGAUGAACUCGUGCUUCAAUUGGGCUUGUAUAUUUAACACGGAUAUUGUCAUCUUUAGUCACUAUGGUUACAGGCAUUAGAAUACGGGCUUGACUUCGGUUGUUCAUUCGUUCAAACAGAAAGUAUUCAAGCUGCUACUGUAAGCUGAUGUAUGAACAUGACACCUGUAAGCAAAUUGUCAAUGCCAGACACUGACUGAUGACUGCGUGAAUGUAGCCAUAUAUUACUUUUAUACUGAAUAUAUGUGAUUUUUGGAGCUUCAAAGUUCUGGCCACCAUUCAAAAUUUCCUUCUAUAAAAAUUUGCUUGUGUUCUGCAGAAGAAAGAAAGUAAUUGAUUUCUGUGAAGUCAUGAGGGUGAGUAAAUAAUUUUUGGGUGAACUGCCCCUUUAAUUUCCCCUCGUGUCACACGUCCUUCUCCUCCUCCAGAGGGCGCUGUUCUGCCCUGUGCUUCAGCAACGCGCUUCUUCGCAGACAAAUGUCAACAGAAAACCAGGAAAACGGUUCUGACUGUGUUGUUUGACGGUUCUGCUGUGUUGUUUUUAGCUUAAACAGAUUGCAUGGGUGCAGUGCAACAGCAGAAAGACGUUACAAUCUGCUUGGAAGUACUGAGCUCUGCAUUGUGAGACUGAAAGUAUUAGUGUGUGUGAGCAUCAUGUCUGCAGCCUGUCCUCCCCAGUCACCAGCCGUGGCUAAGACUGAAGUUCUGGUUGAGGACUGGUGCCCGGUGCUGGCUGCAACCUUCGCCUACUGGGACAACAUCCUGGGACCCCGUGUACGACACAUCUGGGCCCCCAAAGGCCAGGGGUUGUCGCUGCUCUGUGACAGUGAGGUCACGUUUCUGGCCAAUCACACACUGAACGGUGAGAUUUUGCGGAGUGCGGAGAGUGGCGCAGUGGAUGUGAAGUUCUUCGUCUUGGCAGAAAAGGGAGUCAUCAUUGUCUCGCUGAUCUUCGACGGGGAACUCAAGGGCGACAAGAACACUUGUGCGCUGUCAAUCAUUCUGCCGCAGUCAGAGCUAAGCUUCUACCUGCCUCUGCACAGCGUGUGUGUGGAGAGACUUAAACACAUCAUCCGCAAGGGACGCAUAUGCAUGCAGAAGGGUUACAACAUCAUCUCUGUGUUGUCAUCUGAGAUUGUUCCCAUAAUGGAGCUUCUCACCUCCAUGAAGAAACACAGUGUUCCAGAAGAGGUGGAUAUAAAGGACACUGUGCUGAAUGAUGAUGAUAUAGGAGACAGCUGUCAUGAAGACUUUUUGCACAAGGCAAUCAGCUCUCAUCUUCAGACUUGCGGCUGUUCCAUGGUGGUUGGCAGCAAUCCAGAGAAAGUCAAUAAGAUCGUGCUCACGCUGUGUCUCUUCCUCACUCCUGCGGAGAGAAAGUGCUCUCGACUGUGCCAUCCUGACAGCUCAUUUAAAUAUGACACAGGCCUCUUUGUUCAGGGCCUCCUCAAGGACUCCACAGGGAGCUUCGUGUUGCCUUAUCGGCAGGUGCUCUACUCCCCGUAUCCCACCACUCACAUUGAUGUGGACAUUAACACGGUGAAGCAGAUGCCCCCCUGCCACGAGCACACAUAUCAUCAGCGGUGUUACAUGCGGGCUGAGCUCAGUGCCCUCUGGAGGGCCGCCAGCGAGGAUGACAUCAGUCCAGACAACCUCAUUAAUGCCCAGGAUUCCUACACCCCUGACUUGAAUAUAUUUCAGGACGUGAUGCACAAAGACACACUUGUAAAGUCCUUCAUAGAUGAGGUGUUUCUGUUGAAACCAGGUCUGUCUCUGCGGAGUGUGUACUUGUCCCACUUCCUUCUCCUGCUGCACAGAAAGGCCCUGACACUGCUCAGAUAUAUUGAGGAUGAGACGCAGAAGGGGAAGAAACCUUUCAGAUCUCUACGUAAUCUAAAAACUGAUUUGGAUUUGACAGUGGAGGGGGACUUGAACAUCAUCAUGGCAAUGGCAGAGAAGCUGCGGGCAGGCCUUCAUUCCUUUGUUUUUGGGAAGUCUUUCCUCACCAGCGUGCAAGAGCGUGACCUCCUCAUGAGCUUCUGAACUCUGCCGGAAUGCCUGUAGAUGUCAUCAGAUCACGAUUCUCUGGCCAUACCCACAUACUUACAUUUAUUUUAAGGAUGUUUCAAUGUGCUCUUUGUGUACAGCAUUUUGGAAAGUGCUGGUAAAUGUGCUUAAGUGCUCUAUCACAAUGCCUGCUACUGAAAUACUGUGAAAUUAUGAUAAUCUGUAAGUGAUAUCUGCAAGUGAUUCUUUAUUUGUGUGACAAAUCUUUGACACCUUUUAUGCAUAUGAGCUUCUUGGCCUCAUGAAGGAGAUGAGAUGUGUCAGGGAAAGAAAGUGUUUGGGUCUCACGGUCAAUUGCUUUCUGGUACUUUUUUUUUUUACUGCAAGCCUUAUAUAACACCAAGCAUUGAUUGUUUUGGAUAUCCUGCAUAGACAUGAUAACUAACAUGAUAGCAUAUGCCAGUCAUUUAUAAUAUCUGGGUAAAAGUAAGAAAAACCAUUUUGUUUACUGGUUAAAUGUAUAUGUGACAAAAGAACAAAGUAGAUGUAGUUUUGAUCUCACUAUGGGUUUGUAUUCUGAUCUGCAUGACUUUGUUUUAUUUAAAUUGGAAUACUGUUCAGGAUUUACAUAAGUAAUCUAAACUCUGUAAUAAUUUCCCUGACCUUUUAUCAAUGCUAUGAUUGUCUCAACACAAUGCAUAAUUCGCAUGACGGAUCUGCUUGCUUCAUUUGUGGUUGGGAAACUUUUCUUUGUUCCUUAAAAGUGAAGUGAAUAAUUUCUGCACAACUAGCAGCGCCACACCCAAUUGCAAAGUUAUAAAUGUUUUCAAACUAAUAUCCCAAACACUCCCCUGUCGACCAAACAGAUAGCUAGUAACAUUAAGCAACAAAGCACAUGAACACGAAUCACAAAUCCACUACGAGAAGUGAGAACUGUCCGACUUGACAGAACUUAUUUCACCCUCCCUGACUGCAGUUCCCUACUCUCAACUUUCAAUAUGAGUUUGACAUCUCAAACAAGGCUAUUGUUCCUGUGUCGGCCUGGUCAUGAUUCUCAAAGAGAGCAAUCUUUUAAUAGUGCCACAGAGCCACUUUAAGCAUAGUAGCAGUGAUGGCAAAUGUGUAACAGAAAAAAUGACAAACAUCAGCUUUAACUUGCCUAAAAUAACUAAUGCUUCAAUUAAUCUUACUUGUACAUCUGGUUUGGGAUAUGUAGGAAAGCUGGUGGGAAUUUGGAAUGUCGAGAAAAAUGUGCCUUGACUGACUAUAUUUAAAUGAGGCCAAAUCUCAGGCAUAAAAUGUGCGAGGAAGUCAGCAAAUAACAGGAAGGGCCCCAUAGCCAUCUUGCUUUCAUUUUGAAAUGUUCUUUCUUAAAAUAAUGCAUUAUUUCAGUGUUGUUAUACAUCACACAGCCUGUGUCUAUGGUAGACCCCUAAUGAUGGUGUAAUGUAGUGUAAUGUUGGCUCUGUCAACACACUUUAGAGUGUUCUGAACAUUUUGGGAAACUUGUGAAAGUCAUAAACUGAAUUUUAAUCUGAAAUAUGUAUAUUGGUACAUUUCAAUUGUAAAUGUGUUGUCUUAAUAAAUUGUGCUUAUUUUAUUUGUGAAACAUACUUGUCUGCAUACCUGUCUAUUCUAUGCAGUAGGAGGUUUAUUGGGGCUAAUAAGGGGAUUUUUAUUUGGUGACAAAGAACGAUUGAACACUGGACAAUGUAGCAGCUAGCUUUUCCCUAAGAUGUAGAAGAACUCCAGGAGACAAAAGCCCUAAUCUGAAUUUAUUGCAGUGCCUUGCAAAAGUAUUUAGACCCUUAAUCAAUUCUGUCAUGUUACAGAAUAGCAAAUACUAUUAUGUGUUCUCAGUUGUACUCUUUGAGAUUUUUAUUUAUAGGUCAAAAUGAUAUGUUAAAACAUUCUUCCCGGCUAAAUAAAUGAGUGCCUUGUAUGUUUCUCUCUCUUUUUUUUCAAUCAUUUUGCAACCCCUUUUUGAACACCAGUGGCUAUAUGACACUUGUGCAGCACA